AUGAAACAAAUACCGUUCCCCUAUGCCCUGAAUAUCGGCACCGACAUCGUCCACCUGCCCCGCAUAACCCGCCUCCUAACCUCACGCCCCAACUACCUCUCCCGCUUCACGCAGCGCAUUCUCAGCGACGCCGAACAACGCGACUUCCACAGACGCUUCAAGGGAAUCACCCAACUCUCCUCCCAGAAUUCCUCUAAACCUACAUCCGCAUCUGCAUCCACAUCUGCAUUUACCUCUACCUCCGCCUCCAUGUCCGCGUCCACGCGCUCCGCACCCAUAACCCCCGAAAUAACGCGCUGGCUCGCCGGCCGCUUCGCCGCCAAAGAAGCCGCGCGCAAAGCAUCGCCGGCGGGCGCGGCCUCGAUUGGGUGGAAGGAUGUUAUCGUGAGGGUUGAGGAGGAUGUGAGAAAGUCAACUGCUCCAAUGGGUGGUGCUGUUGAUGGGCACACUGCGGUGGAUGGGACGAGUCGGAGGCCGGAGAUCGUUUAUGUCGGUGGUGGCGAGGAGAGGGUUGCUAGACUGUCUAUUUCACAUGAUGGGGAUUAUGUGGUUGCUACUGUUCUUGCGGCGGGGUGA